AUGUGUUCGACUCGAGGGAACUCGAAAACUGAAACGAGGCCCGCCCAAAAUCCCAUUUUUCCCGCUGAAACAAAUCACAAAAUCGAGUUUCCCACUCCUUCGCUAUGGCGCCAAAAUCCCACGUUUUCGAUUUUUGGGAUUUACAAGAAGGGCUCCGUCCAUUGUUUUCGUCCCCGCCCCACCUCCCUCCCAGUCCUCACUCUUCACUCCCCUCUUCUUUUCCUUUCUAUCUCUGUUUUCUCUCGGAAGCUAAACAGAAGCCGAAGACGCAAAUCGCCCCCAGUUUACAGAAGAAGGAUGGCGGCAAAAUCAGUGACUCAAGAUGCCAUCCCCACUCUGCUCUCCAACCCUACGCCCGACUCAGCUUCUGAUCUCCCUGAGAUCAUCGUUCAAGUCACCAAUCUCCAGCCUAAAGGCAGAGCUUAUGGUUUUGAUGCUAACGACGGAAAGAUGAAGCUGAAGGCUCUCUUCAACUCCCGCUUUUCGUCCGAGAUCAUUUCCGGAAACGUUCAGAAUCUGGGUCUCAUUCGGAUUCUCGAUUACACCAUCAACGAGAUCCCAACCAAAGCUGAGAAAUACAUGAUUGUAGUAAAAUGUGAGGUUGUUUCUCCGGCGCUUGAGAAGGAAAUUAGUGAUGGCCCCAAAAAUGAAGAUGCAGGGAUUGUACUGACGCCGAGGAUAGAAAACGAAGUGGAAAGUGAAGCAAUGAAGAUAGAUUUUAAGCCCAAACAAGGGACUGUUACCAAAUCAGCUAUUCAAAUCGUUCAUGAGCAGAGGGGAAAUAUGGCUCCUAGCGCUCGAAUGGCUAUGACUCGAAGGGUUCACCCUCUCGUCUCUUUGAAUCCUUACCAAGGUAACUGGACCAUCAAGGUCAGGGUAACCAGCAAGGGUAAUAUGCGCACGUAUAAGAAUAUGAGAGGUGAAGGGUGUGUUUUCAAUGUGGAGCUGACUGAUGAAGAUGGUACCCAAAUACAAGCGACCAUGUUCAAUGAAGCUGCAAAAAAGUUCUAUGACAGGUUCCAGCUGGGAAAAGUUUAUUACAUAUCCAAAGGGUCUCUCAGAGUUGCUAACAAGCAGUAUAAGACUGUUGAAAAUGACUAUGAGAUGACUUUGAAUGAUAACUCUGAGGUUGAAGAGGUCACUAGUGAAGCAACUAUGAUCCCCGAGACAAAGUUCAAUUUCGUUCCAAUUGAUCACCUGGGUCCCUAUGUUAACUCCAAAGAUCUUGUGGAUAUCAUUGGGGUGGUUCAAAGUGUGUCCCCUACGUUGAGUAUUAGAAGGAAAAGUGACAACGAGCCUAUCCCAAAGCGUGAUGUUACCAUUGCAGAUGCGAGUAAGAAGACUGUUGUUGUAUCGUUGUGGAAUGACCUUGCUACUGGUGCUGGUCAAGAGUUGCUUGACAUGGCUGAUAAGUCCCCUGUAGUUGCUAUCAAAGCUCUCAGAGUUGGUGACUUUCAAGGUAUAUCUUUGUCCACAGUGGGGAAAAGCAUGCUGCAGAUCAACCCUGAAACUCCAGAAUCAAAGAAAUUGAGAUCAUGGUACGAGUCUGAUGGAAAAGAUAGCUCUAUGGCACCAAUUGGCUCUGGAUUGAGCCCUACUAUGAAGAAUGGAGGACGGUCCAUGUACACUGACCGUGUCCCACUUACUCAUAUAACAAGCGAUCCAUCAUUAGGCGGUGAUAAGCCUGCAUUUUUCAACAUCAGAGGCUAUGUAAGCUUUAUAAAGCCUGACCAGACAAUGUGGUACCGGGCUUGCAAGACUUGCAACAAGAAAGUGACUGAUGCCAUCGGUGGUGGGUACUGGUGUGAAGGAUGCCAGAAGAAUGAUUCUGAGUGCAGCUUAAGGUAUAUAUUGAUAGUGAAGGUAUCUGAUGCAAGUGGUGAAGGAUGGGUUUCUGCCUUCAAUGACGAAGCAGAGAAGAUACUAGGUUGCUCUGCCGAUGAACUUGAUCAAUUGAGAUCACAGGAUGAUGGGAGUUCAUACCAAUCAAAGCUGAAAGCAGCCACGUGGAAUCCUCAUUUAUUUAGGGUCAGUGUCACCCAAAAUGAGUACAACCAUGAGAAGAGGCAAAGGAUCACAGUUAGGGCGGCAAACUCAGUUGAUUUUGCUGCUGAAUCCAAAUUUUUACUGGAAGAGAUCUCAAAGAUUAAAGGGACUCAGUAAGGGCAGGGAUCUGUUUUCGAUCUUUUGGGCUCUUGCUGGAUGGUGAUGCCGUGCUUGCUUAGAUAGGAGGAAAUCAUUGUCACAAAACUUCAUUUUGUAUCUUAUAUAAGAUACCUUUUUUCAGCAGUAGGAUGGCAGUUGUUGGUUAACUAGGUUAGUCCUUACUCCUUAGGUUGGUUGGUUCUGCCUUGUCUGUAAAGUCUCGGUUAAUUGCGAGUUCACUUAGAUCAUUCUGAAGUGAAUUCCCGUCCAGUUAUCUCUUAAUAUAUGAUAUCAUUCAAAACUAAAACUUAGUGUGCUGAAUGAUCUCCAGACUCCAAUGGUAGUCGGGUUUCUAGUGCAUGGAUUAGGUAAAGUGUAGUAGUAAGAGGAUUUUCCUCGUCUGUCUUUCACUACUCAAAGGACCGGAUUAAAGAAACCUAAGGGAAGAUGAUGCAAGCCCAUUCCUGA